AUGCCUCGGUCUCAGAACAAGAGAAAAGCUUCAGGUCAGGACGUCCCCCAUAUAGACUCAGAGAAUACUCUUGAGACUCAUCAAGGAAUACUAGAGCCAUCUGCACCUGCUCACCGUAUGGGCCAAGAGAGUUCUAAGGUGAAGGUUUCAGGAUCAAUAACUGCUCUCGCUCUGAGCUCAGAUGACAAGUUGAUUGCUAUCGCCCUUGAGAAACGCAUCGACAUCUAUACGCGAGUGGGUAGCACUUUCCAAUUGGUCGAUAAUUCAGAAGAAGGGCCAUCGGACAUCUUGCAACUUUCCUUUGCACCAAAUGUGGCAACGGACCAGGUUAAGGUUUGGUAUCUCAAUAGCGAAGGGAAGAUAUUGGAUCCCUCAGGUGGUCAAAAAGUCGACAUUUCCGAGCUAUCGACUGAAGCAGCUGAAGGGAUAACUACAAAGCUUAUCUGUACCCAUGGGUGGGGACAGAACGAAGAAGCAAUCUUGUCGAUUCAACAGGCGAUCAAGGACACAUUGAGCAAAGCUUUGGAUACCCAUAAAAGCGAGCAUCAGACCAAGCUGGAAGGAAAUACUGCGCUCUUCAGUCCGGAUGGGAAAUUUAUGAUAUGCUUCAAUCAGGAUGAUGCUUUCGCGAUCGAUAUAGAGCUCCGUCGUUUCUCAAGAGUUAUAGUCUGGGAUGUCGAGCUCAAGCAGCCUCGAUGCGACUUACUUGGUAGCUCGAGUAGAAUUCUGACUGGAAUUCUGUGGGUGGGCAUUUGUCCAGACUCGAAACUAAUAGGAGUUAUUGAGAGGGACCAGACAGUCCGGAUUUGGUGCGCAGAGAGUGGCAUUUGCAUGAACAUCCUUAAUCGUUCUUCCACGAGUGGCGCAUGGAAUGGUAUAUUCUCCCCGAAUUCCAAACAGAUCGCCUUAGUCCUAGACGGCACUGGACCUUCGAAGAUAAAAGUUUUUGAUACAGCUACCAAAGCAAAGGUAUACGAGUGGAAGUGCCCUGCAUUUACAAUCGAGUCUAUGGAUUGGAGUCCUAAUGGCAAACUCUUGGCUACCGCAGGCCACUUCGGUGAAUUCAUCCUCUGGGAUGUCACAAGCGGGCUGGAAAGAAUGAAGUGGCGUCCAUAUCAACGUGGAGAAGGGAGUGAUGCAGGUUCAAACUCUGCUUCUGACAUACGGUUUUUCGAUGGUGGGAAAAAGCUCAUGUUUAACUGGAGUGGUGUGGCAACUAUGGUCUAUGAUUUCAUGUCCCUUGCUAUGCAUGAGUUUCCUCCGGGUGCGGCGGGUGUUAGAGGACCGGUUUGCUCUAGAAACGCUGCGUUCCUGCUCAUUGCCCAUACUGAUUCGACGCUGAGGCAAUGGAAGCUUGACUAG